GCCAGGGAGAAGGGAGACCGCACCGGGCAGCGGGGCAGGCUGGCCAGCGGCCCUGCUUCUAGGGGGGGCAACUGCCCCCCCUGCCUAUGCCCAUGGGUGAGUACACACUGGGGACCAAAGGUGGGCAAACUACCCCAGAAGGAACACAAUGUGUCCACCACCAGAGAUAUCACCCACCCUAUACUAUAGGCAUUGUACAAUUGAGAUAUGAGUGGGCUUUAUUUUGGGAAAUACUGGUUCCUGUGUAUGCAUUGGGUUUGUAUGUGUGUCUGCUCAUGCACAAAUAAAUGAUAUUGGGUAGGCAGUUAGGCCCCGUGCUUAAGAAAUGUUCUAAUUUCAAGCAGAAGGGUGGUUUUGUUGCCUUUUGAGGGGUCUGUUAUGAAUAUUCAGAGAACAUGGCUGUUUCUUCAUGGCAAAAAUUCUGAAGCGGGGUUUCUUAGCUUUCCAUUUCUAGAUAUAUUUUUGGUGCAGUAGUUGCUAAUAUAUUAUUCUAAGAGCAAAUGAGGAUGGGAGGUGCUGUCUUGAUUGAAGUAUACUCUUGCGAAUUGGGGGGGGGCAUGGGCAUAGCAGGGAUUUUUGUUAGAGGGGCAGAAGCUCAAAUUUGUAUUGUUUUUUAUUGAUAUUGAUUGAUUUGUGGGGCAGCUGCCCCUUCUUGGUUAUGCCCAUGGGAUGGGGUGUUACGUCUGAAUACCUGGGCACUCCUAAUUCCUGGAUCAGCCAGGCCUGAUCCUGGGAGAUCAGCCAGUAACAAAGACAAGGGGAAGAUAAUGGGCCAUUAAAAAAGACAAAUGGGAGGGGCCCAUCCCUCAACCCAGAAUUCACUGAAGACAAAAGACAGUUUUGAAGUAGAGUUUCAAGCAUUGAGAUUAGGACUGGAAUUUUUGCAUGAUGUGAGCUGAGUAGGGGUUGGGGCGAGAGGUAAAGUGGGAGUCUGUAAAACACAACAAGUUGGAGAGGGAGAGUCAGAGCCAUGGCUGAGGUCAGUUUGAAGCCAAGGUUGCAGCUAUGGGAAAAGCAGGACCUUCUUAUUUGUUCUUUGCUUCUAAUUUUCCCCACCCAUUCCUUUAUUUUGAAUAUUUUCUUCUUUCGCUUCUUUUUCACUUUCCUUCUUUAAAUUUGAAAACUUCCAGCAAAUUUCGAGCAAAAAUAUGACAGUUGUUCUGAUUCAGGUCAAAUAUGGCAGCAUCCACUUUGCUCCUCAGGGCACCACCCCCAUUUUCUUGCCCACUGUUGAAAGGUAGACACCACUUCUCUGCCUGGUGCCACAUCAAAAGAUGCACCAUCCCAUCAAGUUAACAGCUGAAUAUUUUUCAUUUGCAAAGUAACAACAAAGCUGAUUUGUGGUGAAUGUGGAAUAGUAGGAAAUGAGGUAUCAAGAAAUAUCAAAAGGAAAGGAAGUGGGUUUAGAAAGAAGGAAGUUAAAGUUGUUGUGUAUUGAGUCAAAGGAUUUUAUAUCUGUAUUAUUAUUGUCUGUAUUUGCAUUAGGAUAAAGUAACUGCCUUUUGGUCCCAGAGGGUACAGCUACUAUUGGUUCAUUUAAGCUGCUGUAUUUGGAUCCUCUGUCUUAUUGGUUUCCUCCAAAAGGCAGCACUGUGAUUGCGUGAUAUUGUUCCCUCCAAAAUGUAUCCCUUCCUAGCUAGUCCCCUGUCCCUAUAAAUGUAGCUUUCCUCUCCUCAGUCUUCAGUCUUGUUCACUUUAAUAAAGAGCUGUUACUAGAGGACUGUCUCCAGCAUGUUUUGUCAAGACAGCUGAAAUCACAAACCCCACGUCACAACAACUGGCGACGAGGUUGGGAUCCGGAAUGCUGAGGAGCGGUUAAACACAACCCUGCCUCAGAGUCCGGAUUGCAGCUGAGAACAAGACUCACUGGCCAGCUGAGAAGACGACCCUGCCCGCUAGGACAAUGGAGAGUCCAAGGGUAUUGGAGCCCUUCCAGCCAUCAGAGCCCCACACCUGGGAAGACUACGUCGAACGCUUCGAGUUCUUCACAGUGGCUCAAGGGAUCACCGAUGCCAGCAAAAGAAGGGCCACAUUCCUGAGCUACUGUGGGCCCGAGACCUUCAAGCUAGCCAAGGCAUUACUUGCUCCAGCUAAGCUGAGUGAGACAUCUCUCCAAGAUAUUCUUGCCUGCCUAACAAGCCACUUGGCGCCUACUGAGACCAAGAUGGCCCGGCGGAUGGAGUUCCAUAAGAGGCAGCAGCGUGCUGGGGAGUCUGUAUCCACAUUUCUGGCUGAACUCCGGAAGCUCGCUCAGCACUGCGGCUUCCAAAAUCUGGAAGAGACUCUCCUGGAUCGGUUUAUUGGGGGUCUGAGCAGCAAGAAAGCCAGAAGACGCAUCGUGGCUAAAGAAGAGGUUACCCUUGCUUCAGCCUUGAAGGAGGCCACCGCCACGGAGAAUUAUGAAAGAGAGGAGCUUGAUGCCAGUCGCAAGGCCACUAAACCACAGAUAGAAGUUGCGCAUGCCAUGGACGAGCUAGAGGCUACUCCAAGCCAGAGCCCAGUCCGUGGGGUUGAGUCGGUGCGUCAGGCCUGCACAGUGCACAGAGAUCGCCGAGGCAGUUGCCCAGGUUGUGGCGGAAACCAUGAAAGGAAGAGUUGUCGUUUCAGGGAUGCUAUCUGCCGGACGUGCGGAAAGACGGGUCACAUCGCCAGGGUCUGUAGAUCGGCGGCGUCGGGAGUGACAGGAGCACCUAGACUGGAGCAUCGCAGACCGCCCACAGCAACUUGUUUUCUAAAGGACUGCCACUACGUAACGGAGAUCAAUGGGAGGGCCGUGCAGUUUCCAGCGCAAGGCAAGGCACACGUCAAGGUGAAGAUUGAGGGUCAGCAGUGCGACAUGGAGGUGGACUCCGGAUCUGCAUUCACCAUCGUGUCAGACCAGACUGCGAAGACAUUCUUCCCCAGGGGUAAGUUGCCCCCUCUGGAGCCCUUUCCGGCAACCUUGCAGUCGUACUCAGCAGGCCGCAUCCAUGUUAUGGGAAUGUGUGCCGUGAGAGUACAGUUCCGGGACAAACAGGCUGUACUCAAACUGGUGAUUGCGAAGGGCAGUCGCCCCAGUCUCCUGGGCACUGACUGGUUCCCUGCCCUGGGACUGAGUAUCUCAGGGCUUAAUUCAAUCCAAACCUGCCCUGAGAUGAGCGAGGUAUUAUGCAAGGAAUUUGCUGGUCUCUUUAAUGGAAAACUGGGUUGUUAUAAAGGGCCCCCAGUUGACUUCGAGUUGGACCCCGGGGUGGCUCCAAUCCGACUCAAACCAAGGCGAGUGCCAUUUGCACUGCAACCCAAGAUCGAGGCAGAGCUGGAUAAAUUGGUCAAGCAGGGAGUUCUCUCACCCGUGGACUCUGCUAAGUGGGAGACUCCAAUCGUCACGCCCCUUAAAGCAAAUGGGGAAGUCAGGAUAUGUGCAGAUUACAAAUGUACUAUCAAUAAGGCACUCAGGGGAAACUCAUACCCCAUUCCAGUUGUAUCACAUCUGUUGGCUAAACUGGCUGGGGGCAAGGUGUUCGCCAAAAUUGACCUGGCACAAGCUUACCAACAGCUGCCAGUAACCCCACAAUCAGCGGAAGCACAGACUAUUGUCACACAUAAAGGGGCGUUCAGAGUUAACAGAUUACAGUUCGGAGUUUGUGUGGCCCCAGGGAUUUUUCAAGGGCUCAUGGAACGCCUGUUAAGAGGUCUGCCGGGGGUCUUGCCAUUUUUUGAUGACGUUUUGAUUGCUGGAAAAGACCCACAGGAACUGGUUGCGCGUGUCCGUGCAGUGUUGCUCAAGUUCAAGGAGGUGGGGUUGCAACUGAAAAAGGAAAAAUGCAGUUUUGGGGUGCCAACGGUGGAUUUCUUGGGGUUUAAAAUUGAUGCAUCAGGCAUCCACCCCACAGAUGCUAAGAUUAAGGCCAUCAUCGAGGCACCACGACCACAGAACAAGACGGAGUUGCAGUCAUUCCUGGGACUUAUUAACUUUUAUCAUUCGUUCUUACCCCAGAAAGCUUCGGUAGCUGAACCAUUACAUAGACUAUUGCAGAAAAAGAAUGUGUGGCGAUGGGGGCGGGAGCAGCAGAAGGCUUUUGACUCCUUGCGAGGAAUGCUGAGUAGCAGGAGCGUCCUUGCUCAUUAUGAUGAGUCAAAGCCGCUGGUCCUGGCAUGUGAUGCCUCUCAAUACGGUCUGGGGGCUGUGCUGAGUCAUAGGGAACCGGAUGGGUCGGAAAAGCCCAUCUCUUUCUAUUCCCGUACGUUGUCGCCCACGGAGCGCAACUAUGCUCAAAUUGAUAAAGAGGCACUGGCUAUUGUGUCCGGAAUCAAAAGGUUCUAUGAUUAUUUGUACGGUCGCAAAUUCUCCAUUGAAACGGACCACAAACCACUGUUAGGGUUGUUCAACCCAAACAAACAAACGCCACAAAUUCUCUCCCCCAGAAUGUUGCGUUGGUCAAUAUUCCUGAAUGGGUUCCAGUACACCUUGACCCAUGUGCCGGGGAAACAAUUGUGCCAUGCUGAUGCGCUGAGUCGCUUGCCCCUUCCUGGCGGGAGCAAUGAGGAUCCUGCUCCGGCGGAGCACGUUAUGAUGCUAGAAACACUUCCGGGGGCUCCUGUAACAGCUACGGAUAUAGCUGAGAAAACGAGGAAAGAUGCUGUUCUCUCCCGUGUGCUCACUUGGGUGGGGAGGGGGUGGCCAGGUGGUCCGCAUGAAGAAAAAUUCAGGCCUUAUGCGACAAGGCAGCACGAAUUGUCCAUGCAUAAGGGUUGUCUCCUAUGGGGAGAUAGGGUGAUCAUCCCAGCACCACUGAGAAACAGGGUUCUUGAGACGCUUCACAUGGGACACCCGGGAAUGGUCAGGAUGAAGUCGCUAGCCCGAUGUUAUGUGUGGUGGCCUGGAAUGGACCAGAACAUAGAACAAUGGGUACGAACAUGCAAGGCAUGCCAAGAGGUGCGGCCAGAAGUGGCCAGAGCACCAGUCCACUGGUGGGAGCAGUCCAGGACUCCCUGGAGCCGGCUGCACAUAGAUUUUGCGGGGCCAUUCCAAGGGAAGGUCUUUUUGGUUAUCGUUGAUGCAUAUUCCAAAUGGUUAGAAGUGGCGAUGGUCCCUAGCAUGGCAUCAGCUGCCGUAAUCAAGGUGUUGAGGCAGCUGUUUGCUACCCACGGGUUACCUGAGACCAUUGUAUCAGAUAAUGGGGCAGCUUUUGUAUCCCAAGAAUUCAGGGCAUUCUUGGCUGAUAACUUCAUAAGAGGGGUCACAUCCGCGCCCUUUCACCCAUCCUCCAAUGGGCAGGCUGAG